AUGUGUUCCCAAUACGCGGUGCUGAAGCGCGUCGCGCAAAAGUGGGUUCCGCCCAGGCGGAAAGGAAGCCGUUUUAAAACGGAACUUACGCGUCGCAUUCGACAUUUCCAACAGCGGCUCCUGAACUUGGUCAGUUUGGAGUUUAGAUGCGUUGAAGUAUUUCCCCCAAGGAAACUCGGGUUUUCGUCUCAAGACCCUGCUACUGCUGAAUCAUUUGUUACUGUUCCCUUUAUUAUUUUCCCCCCUAGCUCACAGUAUAUGCGGAAGCGAUGUACAAGAAGAGGCAAAACGGUGUGAGGUAGAAUAGCAAGGCACUACGGGUUUUCCAAGCUACCUUCCAAAAUCCUGUCAACGCACCAGUCGACAGUAUUACGGCCGGGAGUUACUGAAUCCUGAAGAUGCAAAUACCAGUCGAGCAGGACCCCAUAUUGUCAUAUUUUCUAAUCCAUGCUACCAAAGCCAAACCUAGCAACCCGAACAACAGGACGUUCAUUCAGGAGUCUCACAGCUCCCGCCAAAAAUUCUCUAAUGCGCCCCGCGGCAGAGUACAGCUUUCUACCUGCUUCAGAUUUCGGGGGAGUUUGCAAAC